CUCAGUCUCAUAUCCGGCUUGUUCGAAACAAGAUCUACUUGUAUUUUGAUCCCAGAAACAUGGCAACUUCGACCACCAAAACCAUGAUCCUGGUCCAGGUGACCGUGGCACCUGAGAGUGUUCCCAAGUUUCUGCAGGCGUUUCAAGAAAUCGUCCAAAAGUGCAUUUCUGAGCCUGAGUGCGAUCGAUUUGAAGUUCUAGCCGACUCUGAUCAGGAAGGUCUAUUUCAUUGGGUGGAAACUUGGAGUGCCAGCAAGGACUGGCUUCUGAACGUCCAGGUGAAGAAAUCUUACUACGACGUCUACGAGGAUAUUACGAAGCCUUUGUGGAUCAAAGAUCGUGUUGUCCAUUUCUUGGAGCAUGUCCCCAGUAUUCCACCAUACUUGAGAGCAUGAAGGUCUAUCUAUAUGUCUAUGCCCCUAUUUGUACCACAGCACAAAGCAAUUUAGCUAGAGGAAAAGGCAAUGCUAGAGCUUUGAAUGACAGAGAGACUGCUCAGUUCCGAUACACAUGCACAUCAGAAGUCUACAUGUACUUCGAUAAAUUGGACAGUACAUGUGAAACACU